CGAUAAACUCCUCUUGUCAAGCGUGAAUAACAGCAAUAAUCAUAUCACCGGCCAACGUGUAGCAAAAACUUUGAAAUUUUGAUUAAAAAUAAUUUUUAAAAAAGGUCCAACACAACACAUACUGCAACGUUAUAAAUAAAGAAAGACAACAUUGCCAUUGCAAAAAGUAAUAGAAAAAGAUCUGAACUUAUCAACAUGGGACGAACUUUGCGAUUACGUAAACAACGGCAAAAACUUGCUUUACAGAUGCAACCUUCGGCUGGAGAGAGAAAUAGCUUCUUAUCAGAUCUUUAUAAAUAUUUGAUGGCUUUCGGUUGGCAAAAUAAAACUCAAUUGACAGCGCGCAAUUUUUCUGGCACUGGACGUGGUUUGUGUUCUAAAACCAAAAAUCUUGAAGAAGGAGAAAUUUUAAUACGUCUACCCGUUAGAUCUUUCAUAACUAUUAACACCAUUGAAAAUGAUGCGAAUUUUAAAAAGAAUUUUAAUAACGCAAUAUUUGUUAAGGAACAUAAGAUAACUUUUCAAACUUUAUUGGCUUUUUAUGUACUAUAUCAUAGCAAACUAAAGGGCUCUUCACCCUUGGAAGCUUAUAUUACGUCAUUACCUCUGAACUUUACUAAUCCAUAUUUUUGCCCAAUAAAUGAGUUACAAUGUUUGCCGGAGGCCAUACUACUGUGUACGGUGAAACAAAACCGCGAAAUCAAAGAAGCCUAUCAAAAUCUGAACUAUAUCUUUCAUAGCAAUGAUUUUGAACAAUUAUAUACGCUACAAGAUUUUCGUUGGUCUUAUUUUGUAGUGAAUACACGUAGCAUUCACAUAUCUGUUAAAAAAUUGAAAUGUGAGAACAAUUUUUUUCAACCUAUUAUCGCCGGGGAUUGCAACAUGGCCUUGGCACCGCUUUUGGAUUUGUUUAAUCAUUCCGAUUUAGUAAAAACCCAGCCUGACUUAAUAUUUAAUACGUGCGAUAAAAAAUUAGAAUUUAUUAUCACCCUAGAAGAAAGUCCUUUAAAAAAGAUUAAGAGGCAACAGGAACUUUUUAUUAGUUACGGUUGCUUAACGAAUCGAAAGUUACUUAUCGAGUACGGUUUCACUUUGAUCGAUAAUCAGCAUGAUUACUUCGAGUUUUCCUCAAAUGAUAUAGAGAACUUUCUACGUCGUGAGUAUUCGUUUAAAGGGCAAACGUUUCAUAGUAAUAAAUUUAAGUUCAUAAGAGAUCAUAAUCUUACUGAUCAAUUAUUUAUACACUGGCAAGAAGGCAUUUCGCACAAUCUUCGGGUGGUGUUGCAUCUACUUUUUCAUGAAGAAAGUCACUUUACCAAUAUUUUGAAUCAAAUUGCCUUUGGCACAUCCGAUAAUUUAAAGGCGGUAAAUGAGGAAGUGAAGCUCUUGUUGAGUUUUAAAAUGAAUGAAUAUCAAAUAUGCAUAAAUGAUUUAGAAUCGCUUAAGUCUCUAACACCAGCUGGAUUGGUAGCUGUAGGUUAUUUAAAAGAGAGUUUAAAGUAUUUAAAGAAAUGUUUGUCAAAUCUUUACGAAUAGAUAUUUAUGUAUAUUUAAUAAAUAACUACACAUAGAUAAUAAGUUUGUUUCCCUAUUUCUCCAAAUUAGUUAAUUUGUUCACGUACUGCUUUUAGCAGUGUGGGCGAUGGCGCUUCUGUAAAAACAACGGAGAGAAAGAAGGUGACACCUUUUACUCCCACGCCCGACAAACUGCUUGGU